GUUUGCGUACCGUCAAAGAUGUGAUAUUUCAACUAGCUAAGCAGUACCAGCUGAACUAAAAACACAAGUGAAGCAAGAUUUUCUGCUCGAACAAAAUGAUUGUGCAGUGGAUAACCUAAUAGCUGUAUCCUAAGAAUGAUCUUCAGCGGUAAUAUCAUAAACUACCGUUAUAUGGACUAACAUGCUAUUAUAAUACAAAUAUCGGAUACUCAGUCAUGACACAAAUGAGUCAUGUCCCAAGCUGAAAGAAAGGAUGAAGAGGGCGAUAUUUCUUCAACUGCUGAUAUAACAGAGCCAAGUGUGUGCGAAAUAGAGUCAAUGGCUCCUUUAUCCACCAGUGAUACGCGUUACCAACAAACUCCCAAAAUGAUGCCAUCUUCUGAUUCUGAUUCAGUCAUUGAGGAAUUCACUCAAAGUCCUCACGCUACAUUUCAAUUAGGCUUACCAGAGAUACUUCUCACCCCGGACAAAACGGAAUCCCAUGUAGAUGAUAAACCGGAUCAUUCACCCGUCGAAGAGUUUCUAAAUUCACGUGCAUCUUAUAAUUCUCUUUUACACUGGAGACACAAUAUACCCAAAGACAAAGUUGAGUACCUGAUGAACAAAUACAGUGAACUUCAAGGAACCAUUUUCAGUGUCGAUAUUCCUUUGCGCCGAAAGGCUCCACAUGCAGGAACCAAUAAAACUCAGACACUGGGCCUACUGCUGGCAGGUAACAGUGACCGAGACCAAAUGAGCGUGUUCGUCUGUGGUCUGCGACCAGGAAGCUUGAUCGAUCGAGAUGGACGUAUUGAAGUUGGGGACCAACUUUUAGAGGUGGACGGGCAUAAUCUUUAUGGGCUGAGUCAUAUAAACGCGGCUCCAAUCAUCCGAGCAGUUUACCUCGAAAAAUUGCACUCAAGCGCUCGUUCGUUUGGAAACUCACUCACGGAAUCCAUUCGCUUCGUAGUGCAACGGUAUGAUGGUAAUUGGGAAAUGAUGGCGGUGCACUUGCCUAUUCCGAUGGAGCUUAACUCACCCCUAUCCAGCAGAAGGAGCAGUACAGACACAGUUCUCAGUACACUCUCAACACCGAUAAAGAUUCCUAUGAACGGUCAGACUCGCCGAUCUUUCGAGCUGAUGCCAAAUAUGCGGUAUGAAGAAAAAAACCGGACACUGGUACAGGAAACACUGACCAUACGUUUAAUCAAAGGUCCGAGUGGUUUCGGAUUCUCUGUGAUGGAGAGCAACCAAGCAAACGGGAAGGGAAUACAUGUGAAGCAAAUUGUUGAAGGCGGACCUGCAGCUAAGGAUGGGCAGUUGUGCCCUGGAGAUCGCCUCAUCAGAAUAAAUGGGAAAGACGUCACAAACGCUUCAUAUGACCUUGUAUUAGAAUGGAUUCGAUCGGCGAAGUAUGAGCUACGCCUUCAAAUAAGUCGUUGGUCAUUUGAACCGCAUCCUACCAGUCCCAACGGAUCCGUGUCAUCAGGAGUUAAGCGCAUGUCGGCCCCUCAAUUGUACAGUUUAUCUGGAUCAACAACUGCGACACACGAUUGGGAAAGUGUAUAUCAACCGCCCACAGGAAAACAGAUGGAUUUAAGUAACACAAGACGGUUUCCGUUACAGACGGUCACGGAAUACGGUGACACGAAGGUUAUUUCGCCUGCACGAAUAACUUUGAUUUCUCGAAGAGCGAGCUCACCUGUUCUUCCAUCGGACAAGGCGAAACUCAGUUAUUUCCCCAGCUUGCGCACAUCCCCCAGAACUCAUUCUCUCAUCCCAAGCUGUGCUCUUGCAUCAAGUAGCCGUGGAAGUGUGUACAGAUCCUACGACAUAAGUUUCGCCGACUUGUGCCAACCAGCUGAUAUCCGUCCGAUUGCACCCGGAACUGAGACAGAGAUACAACUUCGUGUAGUGGAUUCCAUUGGCUUAGGUAUUGGAUUCAUUGGCGGAUCAGAGACGUCGCUGAACUACAUCGCUGUUCAUGAGAUAUACGCCAAUGGUUGCGCAGUGAGAGACGGUCGGUUACGUCCUGGCGAUAGGAUUCUGAGGGUCAAUUCAAGCAAUUUAGUUGGUGUUGCCUUCAACGAGGCUGUGAAGCGAAUUCAUACUGCAUACAGCCAGGCUAUUCCAGGACCCCUUCACAUUGAAGACGAAGAGAACCUAUCAUCAUCUGGUGUUACUGAUAGGCCAAACUUCAGACUAACUGUGUUAAGGCCUAAUCAACCAGCAGCAACUUGGUAUGACCAGGAACUCGUUGUGGAAUUAACAAAGAAGGCUGGCAGGGGACUUGGACUCUGCAUCGCUGACCGUUGUGUAUAUUUAGCAAAAACUCAAAGCGAUAGCAAUAACCAAAUAGAAAGGCAUUCUAAUGAAAUAACCCCGUCGUACGGAGUUAUAAUAAUCGAUUUGAUUCGUGGAUCGCUUGCAGCAACUGACGGUCGACUGCUGGUUAAUGACCAGAUAUUAAGCGUAAACAAUGAGGAUACCAGUGAGUACACAAGUGAGGCCGUCGGUGCUCUUAUCAAAAAAGCGGCAAAUAAGGUUACGAUAAAAGUUGGAAGGUUGAAAAAUCAAGUGCCUAUGAAUAUCUUUUAUGAGAAACUUACUUUGUGA